AUGAUUCCUUCUACAUGGCAGGUGCUCCUUUUUUUAUUUAAACGCUGGAUUGUGAUGGUUCCCAAGAUCUUUCAAUCUAGCCGCCAGAAGGCAUUUAAGAAGAGUGAAACGAGUGAAUUACAGAAAGGAUUGGUUUCUCAAUAUGCGAAUGAGCGAAUUGACGCCGUCAAGAGGACAAUAGCUGCUAUGACGGUCGGUAAAGACGUCUCCAGCUUGUUUCCUGACGUAUUGAAGAAUUUAGCAACCCGAGACGUAACAUUAAAGAAAUUAGUGUAUUUAUACUUGAUUAAUUACGCAAAGACUCACCCUGAUUUAUGUAUUCUUGCGGUGAAUACAUUUGUGAAAGAUUCAGAAGAGUAUAAUCCUACUGUCCGGGCUUUGGCGAUUCGAACUAUGGGCUGUAUACGUGUUACCAAAAUCAUUGAUUAUUUAGCAUACCCACUACGGAAGGCUUUAAAAGAUGAUCAUCCAUAUGUUCGCAAAACAGCUGCCGUAUGCGUUGUGAAAAUGUUUGAAUUAGACCCUCAGUAUUGUUCUUCCAAUGGUUUCAUAUCCCAGCUUCAGGCGCUGGUUACGGACCCCAAUCCAGUUGUCGUUGCUAAUGCAGUUCGCUCACUUGCUGAAAUCCAUGAUUUUGAGCCGGAAAAGGGUUACUUUAAUCUGGUAUAUACUAUGACCGAUCGUUUGAUGGUAGCGUUAAGUGAAUGCAAUGAAUGGGGAAGAAUAGCAAUCCUUUCCGCUCUUUCUCGAUUCCGUACUAGCGAUGUGAAGGAGGCAGAGUUUAUCUGUGAACGUGUCAUCCCUCAAUUCCAACAUGCCAACAGCGGUGUCGUACUGGCUGCUGUGAAAGUAAUUAUGACUCAUAUUUCAUUAUUUUCCGAAGAUUUUAAAAACUUCUUAUAUAAAAAGAUGGCUCCUCCUCUCCUUACACUUUUGUCUGCGGAUCCAGAAAUUCAAUACGUUGCAUUGCGGAAUAUUAAUUUGAUUCUUCAAAAGCAACCGAACAUUUUUGAGAAAGGCACUCGCGUAUUUUUCUGCAAAUAUAAUGAUCCUCUUUAUAUAAAGCUUGAGAAAUUGAAAAUUAUCACAAUGCUCGCAUGUGAGGAAAAUAUAAACGAGACACUUUCUGAACUUCGUACUUAUGUUUCAGAAGUAGACUUGGAGUUUGUAAAGCAGACAAUUAAGUCUUUGGGUGAUGUUGCACUUAAGGUUCCUAGCAUAAUUAAUGACUGCAUUGCUGUGUUUUUAGAAAUUUUUGAGGUUAAUAUCAGCUAUAUGGUGCAAGAAGUUACUGUUGUUAUGGAAACGCUUUUACGACAAUACCCUAAAAAGAUUCGCCUUUUGCUUCCUUAUCUUGAAAAGGUGCUAGAGGAACUUGGAGACCCGCGAGCUCGUGCUAGUAUGGCUUGGAUAUUGGGUGAAUUUUGUGAUUCUGUCCGUGACUCUACUAAGCUUCUUUCUGAAAUGGUGUCUACUAUCGGUCAGGAAGAUUUACAAGUACAGCUUGCUCUGUUAACUGCCACUGUCAAGUUGAAUCUUACAUUGCGUAAUGGCGAACCUGAAGCACUUCUGAGAAAAGUAUUUUCUUAUUCCACAAAUGUAUCCAGCAAUCAAGAUUUGCGGGAUCGAGCUUUCAUGUACCAGCGAUUAAUGACUUCUGAAAAUAUAGAUAAAGCUGCUUCCAUUGUUUGUUCACAAAAGCCAACUGUCGAGCAUAAUACCAAUUUACCCAAGUUACUAUUGGAUGGUUUGCUUUCAGAAAUGACUACCUUAGCAUCUGUCUAUCACAGACUGCCAGAGUCAUUUAUCGGCCAAGGAAAAUUUGGAGCAGAUGCUAUUCAACAACGUGCUGUUGAAGAGUUGAAUGUUGAAGAGGAAAACGCUCAGACUUCGAUCGAAAAGGGUGCAAAUGUCGAGAAUUUACUAGACCUUGAUUUUGGAGGCCAAGGUACUCCUACUUCCUCUGAAGCUGCACCGUCACCUUCUCUUUCCAAUAAUGUAUUAGAUUUAUUUAUGUCCGUUGAUUCUCCUGCACCGAGUAAUCAGCUUUCAGCGGCAGGUCAUACACGGUCUGCAACGGAAGAUCUUCUUGGAUUGUAA